AUGUUAAAAGCUUUCUUUGGUGGUCAUCAUGAUGAUCGAUUUCACGUGAAUCAAGAGGAAUGGAACUUUAUGUCUCUUCCUGAUGAUACUCUCAUUCAAAUAUUUCAAUAUUUAGUUGGAGAUUUUUCCAUGCAUCUUGAUUCCAUUGAAAAUGAACAUCCGAUCAAAACGGGUACGAGGAUUCAUCAUGAUGAUCAUGUUAGUAUUCCAAUAACGAGAAUAAUUUCGGAAAUGAAACGGAAUGCAUGUUGCUUGCAAUCAUUGAGCUCAAAAUUUAAUCGUUCUGCAGAUGUUAACAGCAAUUUUGGAAAAUUUUGGUUUUGGAUUUGUUUCAAGGAAUUGGGAGUGAAUAUGGAACGCGAUGAGGAAUUGAAAAAGUUAGUCGUUGAAAAGGGAGUCAAACGGUGUAUGACCAUGCUUUUAUAUGUAGUUCAAAUGAAGCGACGAAAUCGCAAUCGUGGCAAUAGAACUGGUUCGGAACAUGAUGAAGAGUCAUUGAGUAUUAUUUUGGAAGGAGACUUUACGUUGAAGAGAACACUAACCGAGUAUUGGUUGUUUGGUUACUCUAUCUACACUAACUAUCACAUUGUUCAUGAAGACUUGUUUGUCAAACCAACGGUUGUGGAUGGAAUUAAAAGCAGGUUGACUGUUUAUUUUGGUGAUGCCUUGAAUGGAGGAAGUUUUUAUUACCAUCCUAAAUUUGAAAAUGAUGGUCAAUGUAUUGUACAAGUGUUAGAUUAUACGCGUGACACUUCUAGUAUUCACAAUAUUUCUUCAUUAUUGAAAUUCUGUAUGGAGCAAAAGUGUUGCACUUGUUUUCCAUAUAUAGCCGUUCUUAUUGAUAACAACGCCAAGUCGGAGGAAACUGAACGAUCAUCUUUCGAUUCUAGAACUGUGGAAUUAAUCGAAACAGAAUUGAAAAAGUAUCAAAUUUCCAAUUACCAAAUUGUCCAGGUAAACACACAAACAGGAGAGGGAACAAUAGAACUAUUCGAACAAGGUAUAAGAAUGGUGAGAAAACUCAUUUACACUUUUAUGUUGAAGGAAAUAAUUGAACAUGACAAAAAGAUAUUAGCAAACAACGGAUUCAGCACUAGCAAGUGUCUAAUUUGUUAA